AAAGACAAGCGUGAGGAGGCAGAAUAGACAGACAGGGAGGAUAAUUUCAAAAUAAGACAUAGAGCUGUAAAAAGGGAAAGUGUCACAGAUUCAUGUAUUAGGAGGUACUUGACAGCAUCCCUGGAUCCGAUAUUCUGAGAAGCCUUGAGCUACUCUCAAGAUGAUCAGUGAUAAAUACUUGGUGGAGUAUAAAUUAGAUCCAGAAGAUCCUCAUUUGCAAGAACCAGGAACCAUGCUCCUGCAGUCCACUGUCGACAUACCUCCCAAAACUGAUCCCCGAGAUCCACAUGGAAUCAACCAACAUCUAAAGCUGGAAUUCUCCGACAUCCUUGCAGAACCUUCCUCAUUCCGUACCUUUGAUCGGAUUUGGACCUGGAGUGACAUCACUUUUGAGAGCUCCCGCCUCUGGUGCUACCGUAUUAUCUCACUGCUCUGUGCUGUGCCAGUCUCUUUAUGUUCAGGCUUUCUUUUUGCCUGCCUGGGCUGCCUCCAUAUCUGGUGUGUGAUGCCUUGCAUUCAGCUGUGUACGAUGGCUCUGCCUCCAGUUCGCAUCCUCUGGGCUAGCAUCCUGGAUGUUUUGAUAGCUCCUCUUUGCACUAGCCUGGGACGCUGCUGCAGUGCCAUCUACCUUACAGUGACUCAAAAGUGACAGGGAUAUUCUUCCACCAAGAUGCAUACUGCACUGACUUCUCAUUCUACAACCCACUGAAUAUGUUCGAUUUUCAGAAGGAUUGACCAAGGGACUUUUUUACCCAAAGCCUUGAAAUAUGGGACUGGAGUGGGGGUGGGGAAUGACAGGCAAAAUAUCCAAUGUUCUCUUUGGAGAAUGAAUGGCAAGAUAGACUUCCAAAUACUUCUUUCCCCAUUUUCUUCUCCAAACCCCUCUCCUUUGCUCAGAUUUGCAAAUAGAGCUUCAGAAAUAUGCUUUCUUUACUCCUUCCAUUUGGAGAAUAAAAUGGGUGAGUCCUUUCCCCAAGUCUCCUUGCAUGUCCUUUUGUAAGGCAGAAAUAGGCUAUGUGUUUCCUAUGACAUAAAAACUAUUUGUACACCUGGGAAGUUCUCCCUUAGCAAUCACCUUAUUUUGUCAACAACCCCACCCACCCAUUCUUCUAAUUUAAAAAAAAAGUCCAAUGGGAAAUGGGCAAAGCACCCCCCUUAGCUUUUUAUUGCUUCAGGACUCAAACAGGCAUUGUGGAAAAAGUAAAUAUAGUGAGUCCUUUCAGGCCAUAGCUUUCUUUUAGUAUGCUUCUUCUUCUCCCCACCUCCACCC